GAGGAGGAGCCCGGCCCGGUGCGUGUCACCACCCCCAAGAUGGCGGCGGCGGCGCUGCGGCGGCGGGCGGGAGGCGGCGGGGCCGCGGUGCUGUGGCGGGCCCAGCGCCGCCAGCGCAGCACUUUCGACGUGGCGGUGGUGGGAGCGGGAAUCGUGGGGCUGGCCGCUGCCCGGGAGCUGGCCCGGCGGCACCCCGCGCUCGUCUUCGCCGUGCUGGAGAAGGAGAGGGAGCCAGCUCAUCACCAGAGUGGACAUAACAGUGGUGUGAUUCACAGUGGAAUUUACUACAAACCUGGAUCUCUGAAAGCUAAGCUGUGUGUGCAGGGUGCAGCCCUCUGCUACGAGUACUGUGACCAGAAGGGAAUACCGUAUAAACAGUGUGGGAAGCUAAUUGUAGCCGUUGAACAAGAUGAAAUUCCAAGACUCAAAGCUCUGUAUGAAAGAGGGCUGCAGAACAACGUCCGAGGUCUGAAACUGAUUGGAGCAAAAGAAAUACGAGCUAAAGAACCCUUCUGCAGGGGUCUGAUGGCCCUUGAUUCUCCAUAUACCGGCAUUGUGAAUUAUAAGCAAGUGGCCCAGUCCUACGCUGAAGACUUCCAGGAAGCAGGUGGGACAGUCUUGACUGAUUUUGAAGUUACAAACAUGGAGAUGGCUAAAGAAAGUUCUUCAGGAAGUGAAGAUGGACUAAAAUACCCGGUCAUUGUUAGGAACUCAAAGGGUGAGGAAAUCUACUGUCGGCACAUUGUGACCUGUGCAGGACUUUACUCAGACCGUCUAUCCGAGAUCAGUGGCUGCAGCCCUGAACCUCGUAUUGUACCCUUCCGUGGAGAUUAUUUGGUGCUAAAACCAGAAAAGUGCUAUAUGGUUAAAGGAAAUAUUUAUCCGGUUCCCAAUCCUCAGUUCCCUUUUCUGGGAUUUCACUUCACACCGAGAAUGGAUGGCAGUGUUUGGCUUGGUCCUAAUGCAGUGCUAGCUUUUAAGCGAGAGGGCUACAAAUUGUUUGACUUCAACACUGGAGACUUUUUAGAUGCAGUAACGUACAGUGGGUUAUGGAAGCUUGUGCUGAGAAACUUGUCUUACGGACUGAGUGAAAUGUACAGAGCGUGUUUCCUUAGCGCACAGGUGAAGCAACUUCAGAAGUUCAUCCCUGAGGUCACUGUCAAUGAUGUUCUCAGGGGUCCCUCUGGAGUGAGAGCUCAAGCGUUGGACAGUGACGGAAAUUUGGUAGAUGACUUUGUAUUCGAUGGAGGCAGUGGGGAUAUUGGAAGCAGAAUUCUUCAUGUCAGAAAUGCCCCUUCUCCUGCCGCUACCUCCUCCCUUGCCAUUGCAAAAAUGAUUGCAGAUGAAGUGAAGCAAAGAUUUGAACUGUGAAUGGUUGACGGCUGUAGCGUGGUUUUACCCCUCUUGUAUGUGUAGCAGCUUGUCUGCGUUGAAUGAACUCUGCAGCCUUUAGUGACAAAGAUAAAACCGGCAACGUGUUGCUUGCAACCAGUGCUGGCGUAGCCGUGCAGAACAAAACCAGCAUUUUCAAUGUUUGCCUUUGCCAGCCACAGCUGCUUGAAUAAAGGAGUUACGGUGCCUGGUGAGGCCUGGUGCGGCACAGCCACCUGCAAGACAGAAGCUCAUGGCCCCGUUGGCAGUAAAGGUUUGUCCCACCUGAGCAGGAGCAGCCUGUGGGGGGGCUGGUGCCAGGCACAACGCGAGGGUCUCUCUCUCCAACCAUAGUGGGCCUUUAGGUGGAGCAGGAAGAGCCUCUGCGGUGGGCUUGCCCACACAGACUUGCCAUGCCUCUGGGCUAAAUGUUGCCUCCUCUUCGCACCCUGGAGAGGUGGUUGGUCCUCUGGGAACCCACAGGCACCGGGUGGUUCUCCGUGUGCUUUGUGCUUUCUCUCUGACUCUGGUAAAAUUGGAGCCUACAGACCCCUAGCUUCUAUGGAAGUAACGGAGAUAGAAGGAUAAGCCCUGCGUAAGGGUUCUGCUGAUUGGGAAUGGAGGGCUUUAUCAGAGACUGAAAACAAUAUUCAGAUCCUUCUACAUGUCUGUAGAGUAUUUCACAGAAAAAAAAGCCUAACAAGGGAUUACUAAACCCAAGUCAAUUUAGAUACGCAAUUCAGAUAUGCUAUCUGAUGGCCGUUUCUAUUUUUUUUAAUAGAACUGAAAUUAAAACGUAUACGUAAACAGUCAUUUUUCGUUUAACUUAAAUCUGGGAAGUCAGCACUGAUCAGAAAUUACUUCAGUGGUUUUGGGGUGGGUUUUUUUUUUUUUCCUUUGAAUACUGGUAACGCAAAAGGAGCUUAUCUCUGCAGCAUGUUGAGCAAUCCAGGGGAAAUGGUCUUUGUAAAAGCAAAUGUGAAGGGAGGGAAGCUACAGAAACCUGUCUUAAUUGAGUCAUGUUGCAUACCGCUUCCCUUGGAGCCCAAAGAGCAGUGAGUCAGGAAGGCUUCCUAUUUCCCACAUGGCUGGCAGGAGGGGAGCUUAGAAAGUGCUGGUUACUCUUCUGAUACUUGGAAAUUAUCAAAGGUACUCCUGGAAGAGAGGCUAUGCGGAGAACAUGCUUUAAACUAAAGAGAUGUUAAACAAGUUUGGUACUAAGCUGAGUAUCUUGGUGUGUUCUGCAUAAUUAGUACAAAAAAGAAUUAUGUGGCCCCAGGGACAAAGUACUUGAGAAUACUUUUAAAGCAGAUGUUCACAGGAUGUUGGGUAAUACAGAUAAUUGUGGGUAGUUUGCUACCAGGCAAUUUGCCAUACUCUUUAAUUUAUUUAUUUUUUUAAGUCACUUUCUGCACUCUGACAGGCAUGAGGGAGUGUGUGAGCAUAGGAAGUCAGGUGUGCUAGCAGAUGUGCUUACUGCACAGAGCUGAGCUGCUUUUUUUCUGUCUUUUUCUUUUUUCUCUUUUUCCUGGUGAUAACUCCCUUACCAGAAAAGUGAAUCCUGCAUAAGGACAAUCUGGAAAUUGAAAUAAUAAGGCCUUCAAAGAAAAGCUUUGGUCAUUGUUCUUAGCCACAAUAACACUAGACAGAGAUUCAGAUAUUCCAAAUGCUGAAACGCCACACGGCUGUGUAAAAGUUGUACCUUCACAAUGGAACAAUCGUAUCUUCGCUCCCCACCAGAAGUGUUGCCUAUCAACAGUAAAUACUACACAAGGAUUGCACAAGCAGCUUCCUCCCACUCGAGGUGUGGCCCUAACAUGUAUUAACAGAAUAAUGAACAUGAAAAUGUAAAGCAGUUGUAUACUAUGGUGAAUCUGAAGUCAGCACAUUUAACUGCACAGCCUGCUGUGCUUUUUUACUCUCAGGAGAUUAUUAUUUUGGGGUGGAGUUUAACUGAAGCUUUUAAAUUAUGAAUCUUUAUGUAGCAUUCUAUGAAAUAUUUGUAUUUUUUGAGAUAAAGUUAUAGAACUUUUAAAGGAAUAACUUCCAAGAAUUAUAAUAAUGGGGUUUCAAACAUAAAUCUUGUUGUCCAUAAAGUGUGAAAAUCUAUGAAUAUAUUUUCCAGAAGCAUCUAUUUCACUUGGCUUAGUAACUGUGCCAUUCUCUAUUAUGAUUAAAAUAGUAUGGUGUUUUCUUUUUUUAA